GUGCUGCGCCCUCCCCGCCCGCCCCGCCGAGGGGGCGGAGGCCCAGCUUUUCUCCGAACCCCCUACGGCCAGGAGGAGGAGCAGCGGAAGAAACAGCAGAAGCCGCAGACAGCGACAGCUGCCCGGCCGAGGGAGCGUGGCGGAGACGGGCUGCAGCGCCGGGGCGCCCAGGGCUCCCGGGGCGGCGGUGGCGGUGGCCGGAGGUGGGGAGCGGCGCGGCCGCCCUGGAUGUUCCCGGGCACUUCCUGACCGGCCGGCCCCACGCACUCGGCUGGCCCCGCACGCCCCCCACCCGGUGCUCGCUGCCCGGCGGGGCCCGCUCUGCGUCGGCCGCGCCGCGGUGGAGCACGCGAGGGGGUCGCGGCCGGGGAUGAGCUGAUUGCGGGUCCGCGCGUCGCUCACCGGACCGGGAGGCCGCGGGGAGCCGCCUUUCUCCGAGUCGUCGCCCGGCCCUGGGAUUUGAGAUCAUGUCCAUCCACAUCGUGGCGCUGGGGAACGAGGGGGACUCCUUCCACCAGGACAGCCGGCCGUCCGGGCUCAUCCGCACGUACCUGGGGAGGAGCCCGCUGGUCUCGGGGGACGAGAGCAGCUUGUUGCUGAGCGCGACCAGCACCGUGGCGCGCCCGGUGUUCACCGAGUACCAGGCCAGCGCGUUUGGGAACGUCAAGCUGGUGGUCCACGAUUGUCCCGUCUGGGACAUUUUUGACAGUGACUGGUACAGUUCUCGAAAUCUGAUUGGGGGUGCCGACAUCAUUGUGAUCAAAUACAACGUAAAUGACAAGUUUUCAUUCCAUGAAGUGAAGGAUAAUUAUAUUCCGGUGAUAAAAAGAGCAUUAAAUUCAGUUCCAGUAAUCAUUGCUGCUGUUGGUACCAGACAAAAUGAAGAAUUACCUUGCACAUGCCCACUGUGCACCUCAGACAGAGGAAGCUGUGUCAGUACGACCGAAGGGAUCCAACUUGCUAAAGAGCUAGGGGCUACCUACCUGGAGCUGCACAGCCUGGAUGACUUCUACAUCGGGAAGUAUUUUGGAGGAGUGUUGGAGUAUUUUAUGAUUCAAGCCUUAAAUCAGAAGACAAGUGAAAAAAUGAAGAAAAGGAAAAUGAGCAACUCGUUUCAUGGAAUUAGACCACCUCAGCUUGAACAACCAGAAAAAAUGCCCGUCUUGAAGGCGGAAGCGUCGCAUUACAACUCUGACUUGCAUAACCUGCUGUUCUGCUGCCAGUGUGUGGAUGUGGUGUUUUACCACCCAGACCUAAAGGAGGUGGUGGAGGCCCACAAGAUCGUCCUCUGCGCCGUGAGCCACGUGUUCAUGCUGCUUUUCAAUGUGAAGAGUCCUGCUGACAUCCAGGAUUCCAGUAUCAUCCGCACGGCCCAGGAUCUCUUUGCUAUCAACCGGGAGGCUGUGUGUCCAGGUGCUAGCCAGGAUUCUCCAGGCAACCCGCCGCUCCGAGUCAUCGUUAAAGACGCCCUCUUCUGUUCGUGUUUGUCGGACAUUCUGCGCUUCAUUUAUUCAGGUGCUUUCCAAUGGGAAGAAUUGGAAGAAGAUAUCAGGAAGAAGUUGAAGGAUUCUGGGGAUGUUUCAAAUGUAAUUGAGAAAGUUAAAUGCAUUUUAAAAACACCGGGAAAGAUUAAUUGCCUGAGGAAUUGCAAAACCUAUCAAGCCAGAAAACCUCUAUGGUUUUAUAACACUUCCCUCAAGUUUUUCCUUAAUAAACCAAUGCUUGCUGAUGUUGUUUUUGAAAUACAAGGUACGACGGUGCCAGCCCACAGGGCCAUCCUGGUGGCUCGGUGUGAGGUGAUGGCAGCCAUGUUCAAUGGCAAUUAUAUGGAAGCAAAGAGUGUUCUGAUUCCAGUCUAUGGCGUUUCCAAAGAGACGUUCUUGUCAUUCUUAGAGUACUUAUACACGGACUCCUGUUGCCCAGCUGGCAUUUUCCAGGCCAUGUGUCUCCUCAUCUGCGCUGAGAUGUACCAGGUGUCCAGACUGCAGCACAUCUGUGAGCUGUUCAUCAUUACCCAGCUGCAGAGCAUGCCCAGCAGGGAGCUGGCAUCCAUGAACCUCGAUAUAGUUGACCUGCUCAAGAAAGCCAAGUUUCACCACUCUGAUUGCCUUUCAACCUGGCUACUUCAUUUCAUUGCCACUAACUACCUCAUCUUCAGUCAAAAGCCUGAAUUUCAGGAUCUUUCAGUGGAAGAACGCAGUUUUGUUGAAAAGCACAGAUGGCCAUCGAAUCUGUACUUGAAGCAGCUUGCGGAAUACAGGAAGUACAUUCACUCCCGGAAGUGUCGCUGCUCAGUCAUGUAACCUGGCGCUUUCAUGUACACACACUUUUAAAAUUAUUAUCAUUAUGAAGAAUGGGAUACCUCUGGGUACCAGUAAAAUUCUCGUGACCGAAACAUGGGCGUUAAAAUAUGUAUAUGGGUGUGGUGGGGGGGAAAGUCACCAUACAGCUUUAUGUGUUUACUAGCUCUCCUUGAAAAAACUAUGAUUGUGAUCUUAAAAGGGAACAGAAUAUACCACAGGCUAAAUCUAAGGCUUCACAUAGUGUAUAAAGCUGUUGUGCAGCUACUUAUUCCCUUUAAGAUGACCUGUUGCUUUGGCGAUAUUAAUACCUUUCCCAGUUAAGAAAUGUUAAAAUGUUUUAGAAAUCAUGUAGGAUUAAUGCAGAAAUUUCAUCGUGUCCAAUCAAUGGCUUUGUUAAAAUUAAGGGCAUGUAAAGACCCAGUGUGACUAUUUCUAUAAUGAAAAAUCUAGGGGCCGACUGAUCAGUCAGAGACUCUAGGAAUCGAAUUUUGCCUGACAUUUUGAAUGUGAAAUGACACCUAUUUUCGCAUCAGUGUUUGAACCAUCAUG